AUGGCAACUAUCUGGCUUCGGGCGGCUUUCAAGCAAGGCUUCCCGACAAGCCGACCGGCGAACUCACCUUUGAUGGUGCAAAUGGUCCACAAGUAUCCGGAGCAGGUAUCCAUCUACCCCGCAGGGGCACUGAUUGAUAUCGCGCUUGCGAUGCCUAUGGAUCCGCAGUUUGCGUCACUUGCCAAGGAUCUCGUGAUUAUGGGUGGAUAUUUUGAUCUGCAUCUCCGGCUGAAUCAAGUCGGAUGUGAGCCAUUCCGUUGUGGUUUUAUUGCCAAUAUCAAUGCUUCAAUACAUCAAUGA